AAAGAAGAGGGGAGGUUGAUGACGAAGUCUUUUAAAGAUUCUCUGAAAGCGCUUGAAGCUGAUAUUCAACAUGCCAACACCCUGGCUUCGGAUUAUUCAAGGGAAUAUGAUGGGGCCUGCCUUCAGAUGAGGCUAUCAUACAGCCCAUGUGCCCACAUUUUUCUAUUCCUGGUUCAGUGGGCUGAUUGUCACCUUGCUGGUGCACUUGGGCUGAUUAGGAUCCUUAUUUACAAGGUAUAUGAGGAUGGCAAAACAACCAUGUCCGUUUGUGAAAGAAAAGCCAGUUUAAGGGAGUUUUAUGGUGUAAUAUUCCCCUCUUUGCUGCAACUCCAUAGAGGAAUCACGGACGUUGAAGAGAGAAAACAAAUAAAGAUUUGUGCAACUAAAUACAGGAGAAGAGAUGAGAUGGACAAGGGUAAGCUCUCUGAAAUUGAAAUAGAGAGAGAGGAAGAAUGUGGAAUUUGCAUGGAAAUGAAUACCAAAGUUGUCUUGCCUAGUUGCAGCCAUUCCUUGUGUAUGAACUGCUACAAGAACUGGCGUGCUCGAUCGCAGUCGUGUCCAUUCUGUAGAGAUAGUCUCAAAAGGGUGAAUUCUGGGGAACUUUGGAUCUACACUAGCAAUUGUGACAUUACAGAUUUAUCUACCAUUGCAAGGGAGAAUCUGAAAAGACUGUUUAUCUAUAUAGACAAGCUGCCUCUCGUUGUUCCAGAUCAAAUGGUAGUUACUUACGAUACUCAUUUUCGGUGAAUCAUUAGGGUUGUGGUGUUAAUUCUUUGUAUAUAGAUUGUAAUUAUCGUAUAGUUAUAAGAUUCCAUUCUGUACAUCUGAUUCUAUAUUUCAAGUUUACAAAUUGUGAAUACAUCAUUGUCCCCCCAGGUAGUAGAAUCUUCUCCAGAUUCUUUUAUUUAUUGCAUUAUUGAAAUUUUCAGA